AUGAGCCAAGCGAAGGUCUUGUACAUUCACGUGACGGGACUUUCGGCAGAAAUCCUGAAGAAUCUAGUCUUGGCAGGAAUUCGGGCGGUGCUGUGCGAUCCUCGGCCAUAUCCCGAUGCUGUCGUCGCGUCUCCCAACUUUUUGCUACCUUGCGCCGAUCGAAAUUUUACUGACGGUCAGUCAAACCCCAAAAAGCAGAAAUAUCUGACGGUCGCGGAAGCCAUGCAACCUGUGGUUGAAGAGCUUAAUCCACUAUUAGGCUCGUGUGAAAUUUCGCCGACCUCUGUCGAUGAGCUGUCCGAUAAGUAUGUCUCACAGUUUAGCAUCGUGAUCGCAUCGCAACUUCCGAAAACGGACGCCCGACGCAUUGCGAAAGCUACGACAAAUGCGGGAGGCAAAUUUUUCUUGGCCGAUACCUUUGGUAUGAUGGGAGCUUGCGCCUUGGAUUUGGGUAGCAAGCAUAUUUAUAGACCGGAAAUUGGCAAAACCUUGCUUGACCCAACUCCACUAAGAAGAUACAUCUCCUUAGAUGAAGUGCUUGAUUGUCCGUUAGACCAUGCUACGAACCGCUUUCAUAAAACACCUCCACCUGCAUGGGUACAGUACCGCUGUUUGUUGGAAUACGGGGACAAAAACAAAAGCUGGCCAUCAGAACUGUCCGCCGAAGUUUUUUUCGAGCAGACACGUUCAUGGAUCAAAGAAACUGCUCCAUCUUUACUCGAGAAUGAGCUGUUGUCGGAGACAUCUCUAAGAGCACUUGCAAAAGUCGCGACAAGCGAAGUGGCUCCAGUUUGCUCUGUUUUGGGAGGAAUUAUUGGAAACGAGGUCAUCAAGGCGAUCAGUGGGAAAGGAGAACCAGCCAACAAUGCCGUAUUGUUCGACGGGACUACGUGCAAGGCGUGGGGCUUUCUUGUAGAUCCACUGUAG